AUGGACUGCUGCUGCUCGGCUUCCUGUAGCGUGGUGAGGCCCACAGAACGCCGGGCCGAUGUGUUGUGUGGGCAGUGCGGGUGGUGGAAGUGGUUCUGUCAGAUUCGAGUGGUGCCAGUGUGGAGCUCUUUAGUCACAGAUCCCUCGGUGCAGAAAGUUGGAGGCGGCAGGAAGAAGACGGUCUCCUUUAGCAGCAUGCCCUCUGAGAAGAAGGUGAGCAGCGCGGCGGACUGCUUGGCCUUUAUGCAGGGCGGCUGUGAGCUGAAGAAGAUUCGGCCCAACUCCAGGGUCUACUGUCGCUUCUACACUCUGGAGCCGGACCUCACGUGUCUGCGCUGGGAGCCCUCCAAGAAGGACGGGGACCGGGCCCGGCUGGACGUGUGCAGCAUCAGGGAGGUGCGCACCGGCAAGAGCACGGAGACCUUUAUCCACAACGGGCCGCUGUCCGAGCACCUGGCAGAAGAGGCGGCCUUCUCCAUCAUACACGGGGAUGACUACCAGUCGCUGGACCUGGUCGCGCUGUCAGCAGAUGUGGCCAACAUCUGGGUAACAGGCCUUCGCUACCUAUUGGCUCACCCCUCAGUCAUCGGGGCGUCCGGGGGAGUGUGCACGGGAACACUGGCUGAGGGAAGCCUCUCGGUGGAGGGAAGUCUGGGCAGUAAGAUGCGGAGCGAGUGGCUGUCCACUGAGUUCGCAGCCGUGGAUGAAGACGGAUACGGCAUCGUGUCUGAGGACGUGGCGGUGUCAACCAUCUGUAAACUGUGCCCUGGAAUGAAAGAGGCAAAGGUGCGCUUGCGUUUUAAAGAAAUCCAGCGGAGUAAAGAGAAGCUGACAUCCCAUGUGACGCGUGAGGAGUUUCAGGAAGCCUUCUACGAGCUGUGCACACGCCCUGAUGUGUACUUCCUGUUAGUCCAACUGUCUAAGGACCGUGAAUGUUUGGACCCCCAGGAUCUGAGACUGUUCCUAGAGUCUGAGCAGGGCUUGUCUCUGGCCACCACUGAGGGCUGCUGGGAGCUGCUGAGGCAAUAUGAGCCCUCCGCACAGGGCAAGGAGAGGGGGCUGAUGGGAAUAGAUGGCUUUGCCAGGUAUCUCCAGUCACCCGAGUGUCAACUACUGGACCCUGAACACCAGGGGGUCUGCCAGGACAUGAGCAUGCCUCUGUCACACUACUAUAUCAGCACAUCAUACCGCUCCUACCUCCUGGAUGACCAGGUGCAUGGCAGGGCUGAUCUUGGAGGACUUAUAAAGGCCUUACAGGCUGGAUGUCGUUGCCUGGAGCUGGGUAUCUCAGAUGGCCCAGAAGGGGAGCCCCUUCUCGGGGUCGACUUUGGGCCAGACAUCCCUCGCCAUCAUCACCACCAUCACCAUCAACACGCCCCGGUCACUAUCCGCUCUGCCUUGGAGGUGGUCAACAAAUAUGCCUUUCUGACGUCUCAGUAUCCCCUACUUAUUUAUCUAUGCCAUCGCUGUUCGCCGCCCCAGCAGCGGGUCAUAGCUCAGCACCUUAAAAAAGUGUUUGGGACUCGUUUGUACACCCCAGAGGUCCUCCCUGUCACUCUGGGAGGACGGCCCAUCACUUUGCCCUCUCCUGAGCAGCUGAAGGGACGUAUUCUCAUUGUAGGAAAGAAGCUUCCCUCAGAGCUGGAAGACUCAGAUGGAGACGUGUCAGAGGAGGAUGAGGAAAUAGGAGGAGGCGGGCCUUUAGCCGGCCGCAGAAUGACCAUCCCAGGCGAAGAGGAACUUGGCGUGGUCCUGGUUGUGCCUCCUCCUUCUCAGCCUCGAAAACUACGGUUGCAUAAAGAACUCUCGGACCUGAUGAGCAUUGUUCGGACAGGCAGUCGUAGCUUCUAUGCUCAGAGAGCCACUUUUAAACUUGCACAGCAGCAGUCGCCACCCAGCAGCCCCUGCUCUCCUGGCACGCCACUGCCCCCUGAGCCUACGUGCUGGACUCUGUGCUCUCUGGGUGAAGGUGAGGCCGGGCGUCUGAGCAGCGAGAGCCCAGAGGACCUGGUCAUGUUCACUAAACGCACCCUGACCAGAGUGCGCCCCAGCUCUGUGCGGCUAGACUCCAGUAACCCCAACCCCCAGGGCUACUGGAAGGGUGGGGUGCAGCUGGUGGCCUUAAACCAGCAGACGCCUGGUGCCAUGCUGGACCUUCACCGCGGACGCUUCUCUCAGAAUGGAGGCUGUGGGUUUGUCCUCAGACCUGCUGUGAUGAGAGAUGAAGUGUCGUACUUCAGUGCCCACACACAAGGCUGUGUCCCUGGAGUGCCGCCUCAGACGCUCCGCAUUAAGGUUAUUAGUGCCCAUAACCUCCCUAAGCCCCAGGGGUCGGGUGCGAAGGGGGAGGUCAUAGAUCCUUAUGUGGUCCUGGAGCUUCACGGGGUUCCGGCAGACUGUGCCGAACAAAGGACACGCACCGCGGCUCAAAACCAAGACGACCCACUGUUUGACGAGACCUUUGAGUUCCAGGUGAACAUGCCAGAGCUUGCCUUACUGCGUUUUGUCGUAUUGGACGAUGAUUACAUCGGGGACGACUUCAUUGGCCAGUACACGGUGGCCUUUGAGUGCCUUCAGCCUGGAUACCGUAACGUGCCGCUGCUGGGUUUGGUGGGAGAACCGUUGCCUCACAGCAGUCUGUUUGUGCAUGUGGCCGUCACAAACAGGCGUGGAGGGGGCAAGGCGCAGCGCAGGGGGCUGUCUGUGAGGAGAGUGGCCCGCAGAGGGAGGGAGUACGUCACGCUCAGGCACACGGGCAUCAAGGUCCUGGACGAGGCCUUCAAACCAGCCGGCAGCCUUCUCAAGGAGGCCGCCGAUCUGCGGGAGGAGGCACAGAGCGCCACAGCCAGUUUCAAAGAGCAGUGUGGGCUCCCUCCAGUGGCCAAACUGAAGCAAUGCAUUCAGAGUCUGUCCACUCGGCUACAGACCUCUGAGGGCACCAUGGGGGCGUGCAUGGUGCUGAGGGAGGGAUACCCCUGUCUAGAACCCCAGACCAACCUCACCGAGCCCACCAAGAAGCUGCUGUCUGCCUACGAUACGAUGAUCGCGGCUCAGAAGCAGCUGAUUGAAGGCGCGGACAGUCUCCAGGACAGAGUGGCUCAGGUUCAGAAAGAAGGAAUGGACUUCCACGAAGAUCUUCCUCGUCUCGGGGAGAAAGACGGAUUAAAGGGACGCAAGUUGAAUAAGGCUGUGGAGAGCUUCACCUGGAACAUCACAGUGCUCAAGGGUCAGUGUGAUCUGCUGCGUGGGGCAAAGAUGGACUCUCUGGACGCCCUGAGGCAGCUGGCCUUGGCCUGUGAAGCCUGUGGCCUCACCUCCUCCUCGGCUUCAUCCAAUUCCUCCGUCUCCACCGCCGAGCUCCACUACUCCUCCUACUCACAGUCCAGGCGCCGGAGCAGCACUUACGGGAACGGGCGAAUCUGA